GCGCUAUAAGAGGGCGGCCCGACGGGCGCCUCCGCCACAGAGCCCCGCGCAGCCGCCGCACCGCACCACACCGCACCGCACCGCACCACACCGCACCGCCAGCCGCCGCCAUGCUGACCGCUGACGACAAGAAGCUCAUCAGUCAGAUCUGGACGAAGGUGGCUGAACACGGCAAAGAGUUCGGAGGCGAAGCCCUGGAAAGGAUGUUCAUCACCUACCCGCAGACCAAGACCUACUUCCCCCACUUCGACCUGCACGUCGGCUCCGAACAGGUCCGCAGCCACGGCGAGAAGGUGGUGAAUGCCCUGAGCAACGCCGUGAAGAACCUGGACAACCUCAGCCAGGCCUUGGCCGAGCUCAGCAACCUGCACGCCUACAACCUGCGCGUGGACCCCGUCAACUUCAAGCUGCUGUCGCAGUGCUUCCAGGUGGUGCUGGCUGUGCACCUGGGCAAGGAAUACACCCCCGAGGUCCACUCCGCCUACGACAAGUUCCUGUCUGCCGUGGCCUCCGUGCUGGCCGAGAAGUACAGAUGAGGCACCCGCUGCCGCUGCCACCCGCACCCGUGUGCUCAAUAAAGAUGCCUUUGCCACA